AUGAUUCGACAAAUAGUUUUAACGAUAUUUAUAUUAUUUCUUUUUAUAAAUAAUGUUCAAUCAACUUCGAUAACAAAACGAAGUCAUCAAGCCUAUCAAUUAAUCAAAGAAACGAAAGAAAGAGUCAAACAUGGAAUACAAUGUCUUUCACCAUCGAAAUAUUUUGCUGGGUCUUGUUAUACAUACAUGAAAACAGCACCAGCUCCAUCAUGGGAACGAGCUUAUAAUAAUUGUUUAUCAUUACCAAAAGCAAAAGAUGCUCGUCUAUUAUCUAUUGAAUCAAUCGAUGAAUAUGAAUUUAUUGAACGAGAACUUAUUGGAUUAAAAUCAGGAUCAGAUAGCGUAUCAGUGUAUAUUGGAUUACAUACUUGGUUUUGGUUGAAUGAUAUACCAUUAAAAGAGACUUUAGUUUAUCGACGUUGGGCUGAUAAUAAUCGAGAUAUUCUUGCUUAUGAUUGUGGUAUUCUAUGGUUUGCACGAAAUACAAGUGUAAUUACACCAGCACCAUGUGUUGAACAAGCUUUACGACCUUAUGUUUGUAAACAAACAAUUGAUCGAUGUUAUAAUAAUAGUGCUAGUUGUGGUAAAUAUGGAACAUGUAUUAAUUUACCAUUGACCAAUACAUUUAAAUGUCAAUGUCGGUUUCUUUACACAGGCGAUCAAUGUGAAAAAUGGAGUAGUCAAGGUUUACAAAUAAUUAUUGGUGCUAUCAUUGUUUUCAUUGCGUUUAUCAUUUCCUAUAUUAUUAAUAUGGAUCGAUCAGAAGAUUCCUGGUCAUUUCGAAAAUCUACGCAAGAACAAUCACAAACUAUAUUGUUAAGUGGUCAAAAUUCAAUAGCACAAUCAUCGAAAAUAAUCGAUCAUAUGAAUAGUUUUACAUCGAAUAAAAAACAUUCAUGGUCAUCUUCACAUGAAUCUAUUUAUUCGUUUAAUUUUCGUUAUCUUUUUAUUAAACCGAAAAAUUUAAUUCUUAUUCUUUUACCAAUAACAUUAACAAUAAUAAUUAGUGUUAUUAUUAUCAAUGCAAAAAAUUAUAUCAAACAAACAAUGAAUCAUUCGACACAUUUAUUUGAAUUUUGUAUAUUAUAUGAAAAUAAUUAUUAUCAUAAUUUAUUAACAUUACCUAUUGCUUUAGUUAUUAUUCUAUUGAUAAUUAUUAAUCAGACACGAAAAGAAUAUUAUCGGUUAAAUAAAGAAAAAUUUUCAAUUUAUAUACCAUUACCAUUUAAUCCAUUUUCGAAAAUUAAUCGUUUUGAUAAUAUGAUUCUAUGUGGAAUUAUAAGUUAUGAAAUAUUAGAAAUAAUUAAAGAAAUCUUUUUAAAAACAACACAAAUGAAAUUACUUACAAUAAAUGGGCCAUUAUUUGAGCUUAUUCGACAAAUUGGUUUGAUUAUUAUUGUUGCAUUAAGAUAUUAUCCUGUUUAUUCAAUUAUUGAAAUGGCAAAUACAAAUAUACUUUAUUAUAUAUUAUGUUCAUUAUAUAUGUGGUUAGAUUUAUGUUUAAGAAUAUUUGAACAAGCAUUUUGUAUUAAUAUGAAACCAUUAAUACAAACAUGGCAAAAAUUUGAACAAUUUAAAAAUCAAUUAAUAACAAAAUAUGAAUCAAAUGCAUUAAUUAGUAGUACAACAACAAUGCUUAUGCCUGAAUAUGAUGAUGCACGUUCAGGAGGAUUUAGAAAUCGUAUUCAUAGAUUUAAAGAUCGAUUUGUAUAUCGAGGAACAAAAUUAACAACAACUGCAGCAACAACAAUGACGUCAACUAUUCAUCCAUUUUCAAUGUAUGAAUCAUCUGUCAUACCUAUAAAUUCCUUAAAUUGGUCAUCGAUAGAUUUAAAUAAUUCCUUAUAUAUUCAUUCAAAUGAUUCUCUUUCUACAUUUGAUCAAUUUGGUAUUGAUUCAUCUACAGUUAGUGUACUUAAAUAUGCACCAUAUUAUUUAUGUUUAACAUAUAUAUGUUGUCGAUUAACAUAUUUAUUAAUUAGUAAUGUUUAUCAUUCAUUUAUCUGUUGUAAUAAUGAAAAUUCGAUUAAAAAACCAUUAAAACAUAUUUAUCAUGAACCCACAUUUACUUCUAAUAAAAAUCAUUCAAUUGAAUAUUAUUAUGUUCAUGAUUUAUUUCAAAAAUUAGAUUAUAAUAAAAAAUCUUCGUUAGUUCAAUCUUUAUUAAAUAAAAUUUAUCAACCAAAAAAAUAUUUUCAUUAUUCAAAACAAAUAUUGAAUAUGUAUAUGAUUGCGUUUAUGUUAAUAUAUUAUUUAACAUUUAAUAUGUUAGAAAAUGGGUUUAAUCUUAUUGAAAAAAUUUAUAAUUUUACGUUAUUACCAUUAUUAAUUGUUUAUGAUGAACUUGAUUUACCUGAACCAAAAUUAAUUAAUCUUAAAUAUGAAAUGAUAUUUACUUGUUUAUUAACAUCUAUUAUUUAUUUCGGACAAUUAUUUUUCGGAAUGAAACAUUAUCAAAAACAUAUGCUUAAUGCUUAUAAAGGAAUUUUUAUUGAUAUUCCAGCAAGAUCAGCCUUUAAAACUGCUCGAUUAAUGUCAAAAAAUAUUCAUUAUCCAGGUUAUUGUAUUGCUUAUUUAAUAUUUGGAUAUAUUAUUAUUGGUAAUCUAGUAUUUUUCAUAUUAAUUGCUUUACGUAUUCUAUUCAAACAUGUAUUUCUUAUCGAAGAAAUUGCAAAAGUAUUGAUACCUAUAUUAGUUAUUUAUUUAAUGAAAUUUAUUAUACAAUGGUUUUUAUCAAGAACAUUCUUUUUACAAAGACAUGGAAAAAUAAUGGUAUUAAAAAAUCUUCGAGUUUAUUUCGUAUUUACUUAUUUCAAUUUUUUCUUCGAUUGUUUUCUUGGUUUAAUAUCAUGUGCAUUUCGUAUAUUAAAAGCAUGGAUAGUAACAUUUGUUUUUCUUCCACGUUUGGAUUAUUGUAUACAUGGACGUGCAUUAGAAAAAUUAGAUAUAGGUUUUAUAUCUUAUGUAUCAUUUAUACAUAUGGAAUGUCUUCAUACACAUCCUGUACUUGUUUAUUUUUGUUCAAUAAUAAAUGAACAAAUUGAAAAACGUUAUCAGUAUUUACGAAUAUCGAAACGAGAUAUUUAUUUAUAUACAAAUCAUCAACGAAUUAUAUUUCGUUGGUGGUUAGCAAUAACAUUAACUCGAAAUAUGCGUUUAAUACAAUUACGAAAACAUUAUAUAAAACCUGUACAAUUAUCAUCGGUAGAUAGUUUUAUGAAUCAUUUUCAAAAUCAUACAAUUCUGACAAAAAGUCAAGAAAAAAUUGAAUCAAAUGUUAUUAUACGUAAUCAUACAACAACUUGUACAACACUAUUACUUGAUGUUGAUGAACAUGAUGAUCGAAAAUUAUCAUUUUAA